UCAAGCACCAAAUACUAGGCUACCUUGAUAUGAAGUCGGUUUAUUUCCACAAAUGACUGAUCCAAAUGAUGGAGAUCAAAGUCAUCAAAUUCAAAUUCUGGAUCAAAAUAUUCCUGUUUUUGUCUAUCACCAUUACGCUGAUAUCUACCAAAAAACCUCAAAUUGAUGUGGUUGCUGAAAUCGGUUUCUGUGAGGAGAAGGUGAAUCCAGAUGUGUUUGUUGAAGACUGUCAAUACAAACUACAAUUAUCACUGAAAAUAUUGAAUGCAGGACAGACUGACAACACAACUGAGUACUUGAAAAUUGACAAAGCCUUUGACAAAAAAUCGGGCAAGGAUGUCCGUCUUUAUAAUGCUGUGGUGCUACAGAUCAGACAGGAACAGGUUUCCUUUGUUUAUCCGUUUCAUAAGAUAGGACUUGUCAACAACAAGGCAUAUGAAGUCUUUGUUACAAAAGAUAAUACGGAUGACUUUGUUGGCUGUGAUAAGUUUUCUUUGCCUCGUCUAUGUGGGUAUGCAAUUGUGGGUGUGAGUCCUGAGGAGGAAGUUGUUCUGAAGCAGAAGGGAUUCUGCUGUCCAUGUUUAAAAGAUGCACAACAAACCGGCCGGUAUCACUUGAGAGGAGGACAGGAUUGUACCAAUAAAACGGCAGGUGAUACUGAAAAAGACACAUAUCACUCAAGUGCUCAUUGUCUCAAAUUUGAUCCUGUCUGGUAUUCUGUAAACGAGUUUGACACUCCACGUCUAGAGCACAUCAUACACGUCACAGCUUAUGUUGUCAACAAAGAAAAGGAGCAGCAUUCUUGGUUGUUUAUUGGUGGUGAAAACGAGAUAUUGUUGAGUCCAGAAUCGCACUCUGUAUCAACAAACAAUGGAAUGAUUUCGGCUACCUACACGGAUUGUUCCUUGGGGGCCAAGGAAAACUUAAUCAAUCAUACUCAUAAACGAUUGCUAAUUCCAAGGCUGAAUCCGGUCCUAAUGGAGAAUAUUAUGCCCCUACAGAUCAAGGAGGGACCAUCACGCUAUCUUCUUCUUGAUCAUGAUAUGAUAGAUAUGACAGGAAAAACUUGUAACAAAGCUGGCGUGUCGUAUGAAGCAUUUGUUAAUCAAGCAGACAAGUGCACCUGUCCAGCCCAAAGUUGUUUGGACAAGCAACCCAUGUAUUAUUGGCUUGAGGAUGUGCAAAAUUACAAUGCAGGUCGAAAAGGCAAAUAUUUCCUCUCAAAUUUUGCAAAGCUGCCAACAAAUCCUGUUCUAAGGAACAUGCAGACUGGAGAGGAGAAACUUGUAGUCAAGGUUACUCAACCUCACCAGAGUAUUCUCUAUUUUGAGAUUAAUGCUGACAGACUCGUGCCAAUGCACGAAGGUAUAAAUGCACAAAUCUCUGAAGUAUAUUUUGGGCCCAGCUGUGCCAACCAACAGCAGGUCUUUGCAAAUGUCUUGAACAGAGGUUGGGUGAGUGCUGUCUUCCACACCAGUCUAGUCAAGUGCGAAAAUGCCACAGCAGUAGAGAAGGAAGUCAAUGCCAGGAAAAUUGAACCUCAUGAAUCGAAGCAGUAUGUUAUGACCGUUGAGGGGAAUCCGCCCGAUAAAGAAACUGAGACUGCAUCUUGCAUAGUUGAACUAUUAAAUGAAGCAGACAGUCUAGUUGCUGCAAGAGAGGUCCAAUUCCGACUUGGGGAAAGAUGUAUUUGUGAGGCACAUUGCCAUUGUGAAUGUCUGUCAAGUGACCUAGUGUGCCGGCCAAUGUCUCAAGAAGAAUACCAUGUUGCUGGAUUCCGUGGUUUGGCUCCCAAUCUCAUGUUUCAUUCUCCUCAUGUUGGCUACCAAGUGGCUCUGGUUUUCAUUGUCACUUGUUUUCUACUAUUUCUUCUGGGAAUUUGCAAAGGUCUUCUGGGGAUAGUGUGGCCGGCCAUUAGCCAUCUUGGUCUUUCUCUCUUCACCACCAAUAAGCGUCUGCCCAGGUAUCAUGAAAAGGAGCUAUGGGGGAUGACAGUUGUCUACAAUGACGAGGGAACUCCAGUACAUCCAGUAAGCGGCCAAGCAGUGCAAAGAAUGGGCCUCACCACGGAAUUCUUCAUAAACGUAGUGUUCUUCUUCUACAUACCAUUCUUCGGGGUCCACUACUGCUUAUUGAAAACUUUCCAGGGGAAUCCGGACCAAAAGAAAGCAGAUUAUCAGCCCAAGAAGUUCCGUCCAGAAUUGCCCUCAGUUGAUGAAGAGAGCCAAGAGGAGGAAGAAGAUCCGAUCUAUGAGAAUGUGUUCACCCCAGUCAUGAUGAAAGUUGAAAAGAAGACAUCUCAAGACAGCCAGGAAUAUCUUAAUGCAGGACAUGCUCCCCAUUAUCAUGGCAGUAACACCACCAACCAUGAAGAACUGUUCUCACAGGAUUCUGAAGAGGAAAUAUAUAGUGGAGACACCCUGAAGAGGCGGAGGUCGAAAAGGAAGGGCUCACAUCAAAAGAAAACAUCUGUCCCUGAGCUGCAGCUGAGUGAGAUCACUGAAGACUCGGACAUACAGAUCAGCUCUGCCCAUUCCUCCAGGAAACAUUCAAAGACAUCUCAAAAACGCAAGGAUAGUAGAGGUUCAGAAAGAAACUUACAUGUAGGAUCAGGUCGCUCUUCGAAGACAUCGUCGAGAUCAUCAAAGAGCAAGGAAAGGAAACUGGAUCGAAAUAGUGACGAUACAGACAGAGUUAAAAGUGGGUCAGCUGACACAUUGAAGACUCUUUCAAGGUCAUCAUCAAAAAGCACUAAAGGGAAACAGGAUCGAAGCAUUCAAGAUUUGGAAGGAUUGAAUGAAUCCGGUCAGUCGUCUCAACAACCUUCAGCUGGUGGCUCAGAUGAAUAUCCAGGAUCUGCCCGGAAAUAUUCAAUACCUUUCUCUCAGCGGACUAUCCGAGGUUCUGUUAGGUCAAGAAUAAGCUCCUUAAUUUUUAAGAAAGCCAGUUCAUCCGAAAGUUCAUCACCUCUUGGUAGUGCAGAUCAAGGCUCCAUACAAUCAGCUGGAACAACUUCACCUAGUGCUGCAGUGAGUAGUAACCGGAGUUCCAAGCUGAGCAUCAGUGGUAAAAGCACAGCCUAUGAUGAAGUUCUUAAGUUGGCUAGAUCUGGCAAACGAGUGUAUUACAACUUCAACAAGGCAGAUGACAGACUAGCUGGACUUGGGAAAGUAUACAGUAUGUGUGGCUGCAUUCAUGUUCAAGGUGGUGCAUUUGUAUUUGACUUGGAUAUACACAAUGUUCAGGUAUACUCAAAUGAAGGUGGAAGACGUGUGGAGCUGGACGAACCACGCGUGUUGAACAGCGAUGAUUUCAGGCGUGUGAUGUCGGCCGAGGAAUGUCUCCAGGUUAUCACGUUAUUCCCGAUGCACCCGUGCCUUAAUAAAGUCCUCAUCAACGAUUCAGAUUCUGGAGGAAGUAUAGAGAACCCAUCAUCUCAUUCCAUGUUCUUCACAGAUCACUGAAAGAGACUGACUUUGGCCAUAUUUGGGCAAUAUAUACUUGGUACUACAUGUACAUAUAUGUAUUGUACUAGUAUGACAAUACUAGAAACUUUCAGGAUUUUUUACGUUUGACUGAAGUUAGUGAUUGAUAAUAUAACUACAUGUACAUGUAUUUGCUCUAAGGGGUACAUGUCUGUUUAUUCCUGAGACAAGGGUUUUCAAAAAGUUAUUGAGAGCCAGCUUUACUUUUACUAAUUUCACUGCCAAAUAUUUUUUGUGUUUGUGAAUAGCUAUGAAAAUGCUAUUAUUUUACCAUUUAUUUCAUGUCAGUGUGUGCAAUAAUGCUGUCAGGACAUCGAUUCCUUUUUAUGUACAUGUAUGCAUGUCAAAUUUGAUAAUAGAUGUUUUUCAAGUAUUUUUAUUCACUUCUGCCUGAUGCAUGUUGAUUUUGCAAAUAAUGUAAAAAUGU